GAGAGAGAGAGAGAGAGAGAGAGAGAGAGAGAGAGAGAGAGAGAGAGAGAGAGAGGGACCCACAAAAAUGCACAUGCAAAAUGGGGGCGAGAGACAGAGGGACCCACAAAAAUGCACAUGCAAAGUGGGAGAGAGAGAGAGAGAGAGAGAGAGAGAGAGAGAGAGAGAGAGAGAGAGAGAGAGAGAGAGAGAGGCCUCUGAACAUACUCAAUUUUGGUAUUAUCAGAGAGCAUCCUAGGUGAGAACCCCUCUUUUACUUCCCAUGCCUUGCAUUUCAAUUUGUUGGCUUCAGUGUUCUUUUCUUUAUUCAAUGGGAGAGCAGGUGAAGGCUUUCUAGUGAUUCUGAGUUUGAAGUGCAUGCUGGCGCAAAAUUCCAGCCCGUUGUAUAAUGAAUGCCUUUUGAUUUUUUGUCACAACUAUCCAACCUCGCCAUUUCCCUUUUGUUCCCGUCUGUUGCGAUAGUAGUAUGGUGCUAGUUGGAUUUUUCAAAAGGCGGCAGGUCUACGGCAGUACUACACUCACCUCUUUGCUACAGAGACCUCUCUCCUGCAAAUCCCUGCUUUCUCACCUAAUGAAUGGAAGAAGAGUUGCGGGUGCUGUAUUUCUACCUCGGUCAAUGAGGUCAAGCUCGUGCGCCCACGGGGCGUGCAGCAAAGGGCUAUGGUAUGAGAUGUUUGUUGUCGCUAAGGGUUCCCAAAUAGCGAUCAACAUAACCCGUGGUACUCAGAUACUGGUUGCAGUUGUGAAACCCAUACGUAUGCUAAUUAGUUGUUCUAUAGUGCUAUUGGUCACUAUAUUACGCUGAUUAAUGCUUCUCUAGUGCUAUUGGUCAGUAUCAAACGCACCGAUCGGUGGUGUAUAGGGUUGUCGUCGUCUUUUGCAGUUGGCUUGAGUUUGCAUAUAACCGUCUUUCUGUAUUCACAUGCAGUGAUCCAACAGAAGGGUUAGCAUGCUCCACUUUCUUUCCUGCAAAAAGACAGAAUCGUCUUUCUGUAUAGAAAGCUGGCAAUGGUUUUCAUCCGGGAGCGGAGAAGAGGGGUGAUGUUUAAGGGAUGAGAAGAAGGAACCGGGAAGCUGCGGUGUCUAAGGGUGACGAGGAACUGGUUAGUUUCGCAAACAAUGGUGCUUCUCUGGGAGGGUUAGCGAUCGGCGGUUAUCUGGGGUCAACAGUCGCACAGACCGUGAGUCAGUCAACUGGCGUUAUGGCAAGCCAGCCAAUAGUGUUGACCCCCGAGGAGGUCGCCAUACAGCGAGCAGCGAUUCGCGAGGCACAGCUACAGCAAGCGUUAGGGGAGAUUAAGGCAGAGAAAGAGAAAAUGAUUAGAAGAAAAGUCAGGAUGCAGCAGAGGCAAGUGGGCGCUAGUGAGUUAGAGGAGAUGGACCUGACGCACAUGAGUGAUGAUGUGAGGACCAUAAGGUCCGUUCUGCUAGAUGUAAUUGAAAUGCAGGACCACCAGACGGCUCUCCUUCAAGACAUUCAGCAGAGUCUGGACAUAUUGGUCGGGGGAGCGCAGGCUGUUCCAUCACCGUCCGGGUCAGGUGCCUGGCCCGUUGUACAGGGUACACAACCCCAGCAGCAACUAGUGCAGCAGCCUGCGCCACAGGGUCCACAGGCCGGAUUGGUGCAGGUACUGGGACAAAGUGAGUGGGUACCAAAGACGGCCAUCGCCGCACCUAAACCCUUCACAGGGGAUAAGAGGGGCGAAGACCUCAACACUUGGUUGAGGGCGGUGCCAGUCUAUGUCAAGUGGAAACUUACCUUGCCACACGAGGAAGUGUUUGUGGCUGCCUCCUAUCUAGAGGGGAGUGCAGCAGGAUGGUUGAGUGGUUUAGUGCAACUACAAGGGUACGGUCAUGACUUUCUCGCUUGGGCAGUCACCCAGAAAUUGGAUGAUUUCCUCAAGUUGGUGGAAGACAGGUGGCACGAUCCACAGGCGGCCCAAAAGGCCAGUGACGCGAUCCUCACACUGCACACGAGGCAGUUUAAGUCAGUAAGAGAGGCCACUGUCGUUGUAGAGCGUCUCAUUUGUGUCUGUGGGGUUCGCUAUGACCCCCAGUUCUGGCACCGCUCUGGGAAACACGUCGGGCCAGUAGGAAUAGUAGUUGUUUUUGACAGGGUCGAGGUGGUGGACACACCCUCACCAUCUCGAGAGAUGGCCCAAGCUACUGACUCCAUAGUCGUCCUGCAAACACGUUCAGACCCAUCGAGCCUCUGUUCGAUGAAUGUGUUAGAGUCCUUAGAUGAGCUAGAGGAGGAGUGGUCUAGAUCGGACCCGCUAGCUUCUUGGACGGCAUUGGUCGAAGCCCCUAAGGGUGAGAUGUUUGUCAGCGAGGUGGUCAUUGGCGGCCGCAAGGACGUUGCCUAUUAUGACACUUGCUCGACACGGAACUUCAUUAGUCGCGCGUGCGUUGAGAGGUUGCGCUUACAGGGACAAGUGCAGCACCUGAGUCGACCUGUGGAGUCGACCUGUGCCAACAAACAGCGCAUGGUAGUCAAUGACUACCUUCAAAAUGUUGAGUGUUGUUUCCCGUACGCGGGAGGGGAGCUGAGACAUCGUGUCUCGUUUCUAGUGAGCGAUGAUCUCCCCAUGGACAUCUUGUUAGGUAUGUACUAUCUUUUUGUUGUACAACCCCAGUUUGACUGGGACCAAAAAGUGGUCAAACACACUUUGCCAGGUGGAGGGACCGCCAGAUUACGUAAGUUUAAGGCUAGUAGUUUGAUCGAGUUCUACGGGUGCAUGUGUGCGGCCGCGUUCUAUAAUUACUAUAAGCAAAAUCAGGAGGAGGGUAUGUGUCUAGUUUAUGUCUCUGCUGCAGGGGAGCCGGUGAAAAUGUCGUCGGAGAUAGAGGGAGUAGUUGCGAAGUACCCUGAUUUAUUUGAAGAGCCGACAGGGGUUGUUGAGAGGGAGGUUGUCCACGCGAUAGAGAUUAUCCCGGGGUCUAGCAUUCUGAAGGGUAGGAUCUAUCAGAUGUCUCCAGGCGAGCUUGACGAGCUUCGCCAACAACUCAAGGAACUCAUAGAGAAGGGAUGGAUUCGGCCGAGUGUCUCUCCUUAUGGUUCUCCAGUCUUAUUCAUACCAAAGAAGGGGGGCACUUUGACGAUGUGCAUUGACUAUAGGGGCCUCAACACCAUCACUGUCAAGAACAGAGAGCCCCUGCCGCGCAUCGACGAUUUGCUAGAUAGAGUGCAAGGGUGUCGGUACUUCAGUAAGAUAGAUAUGAAGUCUGAUUACCAUCAGAUUGCAAUCCGGCCCGAGGAUCAACACAAAACCGCAUUUAAGACAAAGUAUGGUCUGUAUGAGUUUGUGGUGAUGCCUUUUGGCCUUUGCAAUGCUCCUGGCACCUUUCAGCACGCUAUGAAUCGGAUCUUUCAUGACUACUUGGACAAGUUUGUCAUCGUGUACCUCGAUGACAUACUUAUCUUUAGUAGGACUGUCGAGGAGCAUGUGGCUCAUUUGGACAAAGUCUUGAAUCUCCUUAGACAGCACAAGUUCGAGAUUAACGGCGAGAAGUGCGAGUUUGGCCACACCCGUAUCUUGUACUUGGGUCAUGAGAUUUUCGCAGAGGGAUUGAAGCCCGAUGACGCGAAGGUGGCCAGCAUUCGUGACUGGCCGCGUCCUCAGUCUGUGAUUGAGAUGAGGUCUUUCUUAGGGAUGACCAGCUACUGUCGCAAUUUCGUGAAGAACCAUAGCAUAGUUGCCGCCCCUUUGACUGAUCUGACCCGCCUUGACACCCCAUGGGAGUGGACAGGCAGGUGUGAGGCGGCUUUCAGACAACUGAAGCAUGCGUUGACACACCAUGAGGUCUUGAAACUUCCUGAUCCUGACAAACCUUUCGUAGUAACUACGGAUGCUAGCCAAUAUGGCAUAGGCGCCGUACUUGCGCAGCAGGAGGGGAAAAAGUUGAGGUCGGUAGAGUACAUGUCCAAAAAGAUGCCCUCUCAGAAGUUGGCUAAGUCCACCUAUGAGAAGGAGCUCUAUGCGAUCUACAAGGCGUUCACCCAUUGGAGGCACUAUCUCCUUGGGAGGUUCUUCUAUGUCAGGACUGAUCACCAGCCCCUGAAGUGGAUGAGAACCCAACUUGUGCUCUCCGACGCUCUGAAGUGUUGGAUUGAAGUCAUAGAGCAGUAUGACUUUGAGCCCCAAUACAUCAAGGGCGAGUACAACAAGGUUGUUGAUGCACUAUCGCGUAGGCCUGACUUCUUCGGUGCGCUGAUCACUGAGUUUGGGCUUGUGGAUGAUGUUGCUCACUCUAUGGUGGAAGCCUAUCGCGAGGAUCAGUUUAUGUCUGAGAUCAUUCGCAUACUCGAGGCGAAGGAUAAAAUCACUUCUGCCGAGUUUGUCAACGGCCUGCUGUUCCUUGAGAAGGAAGGGAAUAAACAUCUGUGUGUGCCAAAUAGAGAGUCUUUGCGUAGUUUAUUUUUAGGCGAGUGUCACGAUGCCACCGGACAUUUUGGCUUCAAGAAGGCUGCAGCCAAUCUACUGCAGCGGUUCUGGUGGCCCACGAUGAUGAGAGAUGCCAAGCUGUACGUGGAGACUUGUCAGGUCUGUCAGAGAGAUAAGCCCCAUACACAGGCCCCUCUUGGGCUUCUCAAGCCCCUUCCGAUUCCGGAAAGGCUCGGUGAGAGCCUGUCUAUGGACUUCAUGGACACGCUGGUCACCAACAAGAGUGGAAUGAGACACAUCUUUGUUAUCUUGGAUAGGUUUAGUAAGUACGCUAAGUUAGUUGCAAUGUCGGAGACAGCGAAGACCGAGUAUAUGAUUAGACUCUUCAAAGAGAACUGGGUCAGAGACUUUGGGCUCCCAAAGCCUAUUGUUAGUGACAGGGAUGUCCGAUUCACAAAUGACUUCUGGGAACAUCCCGAGGCCAAUGGCCAAGCAGAGCAACUCAAUCGCGCUGUUCAACACCUGUUGUGGCAUUACAUCAAGCCCAAUCAGGUGGACUGGGAUGAGAAACUUGCUCUCAUCGCCAGCCUGUAUAACAAUGCUGUGCACAGCGCAACUGGAGUAUGUCCUAGUAGUCUGCUACUGACUUUCAAGCCCAGACUGCCCCUAGACUUUCUGCUACCUGACAAUCAGUCAACUGCUGCACCCGGCACCCUUGAGUUUGCCUAUUGCUAUGAACAACUAAUGCAGCAGGCAGUAGAACAGAUGCACAAGGCACAGGCGGCAAUGAUAGAAACUGAGAACAAGCACCACCGUCCUUCUACAUUUCAGUGUAGCAUGUGGGACUCUGGAUGUGAGAUCUUGAUGCGAAGAACUGGGGGAUUCUAAUGGAGCACAACUGCCACAUAUGCGGGAGUAAAUACUACCAUGGGGAAUUGCUUGUGAGCACUCCCCCAAGAGCUUCUGUAUACCAGUCGGCCGGUGAGUUUGUCUUCGUGGGGUGGAACAAUUCCAGAUGUGCUUCACGCAGGAUGAUCUUCUGGAAGCGUAGCAUGCUGGACUCUGGAUGUGAGGUCUUGAUGCUAAGAACUGGGGGAUUCAGCACGACUCCCACAUAUUUGGGAGUAAAUACCAUGGGGAAUU